CAGCUAUGGCCUCGCCCUCAAUCUGAUGAGCUAUAUAAAUCGCCAGAAAUAACGAAUGUACCAAUUCCCGUUCAAUUUCAACUUUCAUUCUCUCUCUGGCAUCGCACCGUUCAGCGUUCGACUUCUACGAUGGUCCACGUGCAAUGCAUGGACCCUCGCACAAACGAAAAUUAUAACUUUCUGUAUUGUCCCUCGUUUCCAGCUGCAGUUCUCUUCUCCGCCCUAUUUGGGCUCAGCCUAAUCGUGCACUUGAUUCAAGCCGUCUAUUACCGGAAGCGCUUCUGCUGGGUCGUCAUCAUGGGUGCUGCCUGGGAAACGGGAGGAUUUGUCCUUCGUGUGUUGUCGGUACUUCACACCACCUCUGGGGCAUAUGGUGUCCCGUCACAGCUCUUAAUUUUGCUCUCGCCACUGUGGAUCAAUGCUUUCUUGUACGUCGUCAUGGCGCGUCUGAUCUACCUUUUCGUUCCCGAGAAGCGUUUAUUGGGUAUUCGUGCUCAGCGCCUCUCCGUGAUCUUUGUUCUUCUGGAUAUAAUAGCGUUCCUUGUUCAGGCAGGAGGAGGGUCGCUGAUCAAUCCUGACAAUUCUGCGAAACUCAUGCUCAUCGGAAUCCACGUCUACAUGGGUGGGAUCGGCUUCCAGCAAUUCUUUGUUCUUCUCUUCACAGGCCUCGUCGUCCGCUACCAUUUCCGGAUGCAAGAAAUCGAUGAAUCGAAUGACCAGGGCUGGAAACGCUCACUGUACACCAUAUACGCAUGCAUAGUCCUAAUUACGAUUCGCAUCAUCUUUCGCCUUAUCGAAUUUUCAUCUGGACUCUUUUCGCCCAUCACCAUGACAGAAGCACCAUUUUACACGACCGAGGCGCUGCCGAUGUUUCUAGCGCUUCUACUGCUGAAUGCAUCCCAUCCAGCUCUGGUGUUGGUUGGACCAGACAGCGAAUUCCCGAGGAAGGAGAAGAAGAGCAAGGAAGAGAAGCAGCGCCGCAGGAGCGAUUUGGAGAAGCUGAACCAGUCUAGUAGUCCGUUGCAGUAG